AUGGCGAACAGUGCACCAGGUACUAAUAUUGCUAGACAUGGAAAAGCAACUCAGUCCUCCGUUAGGUUGAAUGGCCCCCCCGAAAAGGCAAUUGAUGGAGAUCGGGCAAGCAUCUGGAAUGAAGGGUCCUGCACCCACACAAACCGCGAAAGCAGACCAUGGUGGAGACUGGACCUCCUGAGGACAUAUAAGAUUAACACUGUCACCAUCACCAACAGAGGAGAUUGUUGCCACGAUCGGCUUAAUGGUGCUGAGAUCCGCAUUGGAAAGUCCCUCAAUGACAAUGGCAAUGCUAAUCCCAGGUGUGCUGUUAUCCAGUCUAUCCCAGCUGGGGCCUCCACAACUUUUGUGUGUAAUGGAAUCCCAGCUGGGGCCUCCACAACUUUUGUGUGUAAUGGAAUGGAGGGCCAGUAUGUGAACAUUGUGAUUCCUGGAAGAAUAGAAUGUCUGACACUGUGUGAGGUGGAGGUCACCGGGACAGAAUGAGAUGAUUGUAAUGAAUAUGUCUGCACCUGAGUCUGAAAUAAUCAUUCAUUUUCAUAUCCAUUAAUUUUUCAUGCUAAUCUAUGCUUGUUUCUGCUUCUUUUCCAAUAAAUAUUUGUGCUAAUGUUUGAUUGUCCAUCAUAGCAAAUGUACAUGGAUGUCAGUGUAGUUUGGACCGUUCUGCAAGGUCCUUUUAUAUGACAUCAACUCUUACU